AUGGGAAAGCUUCGUGACCUCAAGAAGGCCACCGAGGCGUACUGGGGAGACAAGAUCUCUCGUGAUGAGCUCUUGAGCGAGGGAAAGAGACUCCGUCAGGAGCACUGGAAGAUCCAGAAGGAUGCUGGCGUCGACAUCAUCCCCAGCAAUGACUUUGCUUUCUACGAUCAGGUCCUUGACCACAUCCAGCUCUUCGGUGUCAUCCCCGAGAGAUACAGCAAGUACAAGCUCCACCCCGUUGACGAGUACUUCGCCAUGGGUCGUGGUCUCCAGAAGCCCGCCAAGGAUGGUGAGGCCGCUAUCGAUGUUCCUAGCUUGGAAAUGGUCAAGUGGUUUGACUCCAACUACCACUACGUGAAGCCCACUCUCCAGGACAACCAGACCUUCAAGCUGGCCGACCAGCCUAAGCCUGUUGUUCAGUACCUUGAGGCCAAGGAGGCCGGCGUUGUCACUCGCCCCGUCAUCCUGGGUCCUGUCUCCUUCCUGACCCUCGCCAAGGCCGACCGUGGCCAGACCAUUGACCCCAUCGACAAGAUCGAUGAGCUCGUCUCCGUCUACGUUGACCUGCUUGCCAAGCUCAAGGAGGCUGGCGUUGAGGAUGUCCAGGUUGACGAGCCCGUCCUCGUCUUCGACCUGCCCGCCAAGUCCAAGGCCGCUUUCAAGCCCGCCUACGAGAAGCUUGGUGCCCUUGGUGACAAGGCUCCCCGCAUUACCCUUGCCACCUACUUCGGUGACAUCGUCCACAACAUUGAUGUCCUCUCUUCCCUCCAGAGCCUCUACGCCAUCCACAUUGACCUGGUCCGCAACCCUGAGCAGCUUGACGCUGUCGUCGGUGCUCUGGGCCCUAAGCAGGUCCUCUCUGCCGGUGUUGUCGAUGGUCGUAACAUCUGGAAGACCAACUACAAGGCUGCCAUCGAGAAGGUUGAGCUGGCCAUCCAGAAGCUGGGCAAGGACCGCGUGAUCGUUGCCACCUCCAGCUCCCUCCUCCACGUUCCCCACACCCUCGAGAGCGAGAAGAACCUCGACGCCGAGAUCCGUGACUGGUUCAGCUUUGCCGUCGAGAAGACUGCCGAGGUUGUCGUCAUUGCUAAGGCCGUCACCGAGGGCCCCGCUGCUGUCCGUGAGCAGCUCGAGGCCAACGCCAAGUCCGUCCAGGCCCGUGCCUCUUCCAAGCGCACCAACGACCCCGCCGUCAAGCAGCGCCAGGCUGCCGUCACCGAGGAGCAGCACAACCGCAAGUCUCCCUUCCCUGUCCGUCACGCUGAGCAGGGCAAGUCCAUCAACCUCCCUCUCUUCCCCACCACCACCAUCGGAUCCUUCCCCCAGACCAAGGAGAUCCGUAUCCAGCGUAACAAGUUCACCAAGGGUGAGAUCACUCCCGAGGAGUACGAGAAGUUCAUCGAGAAGGAGAUCCAGGAAGUUGUCAAGAUCCAGGAGGAGCUUGACCUGGACGUUCUCGUCCACGGUGAGCCCGAGCGUAACGACAUGGUCCAGUACUUCGGUGAGCGUCUCACCGGUUACGUCUUCACUACCCACGCCUGGGUCCAGAGUUACGGAUCUCGUUGCGUGCGUCCUCCCAUCAUUGUCGGUGACAUCUCUCGUCCCGCCCCUAUGACCGUCAAGGAGUCCAAGUACGCCGUGUCGAUCUCCAAGAAGCCCAUGAAGGGUAUGCUUACUGGACCCAUCACCUGUCUCCGGUGGUCCUUCCCCCGUGACGAUGUCCACCAGUCCGUCCAGGCUCAGCAGCUGGCUCUUGCCCUCCGUGACGAGGUUGUUGACCUCGAGGCUGCCGGUGUCAAGGUCAUCCAGGUCGAUGAGCCCGCUCUCCGUGAGGGUCUCCCUCUCCGCUCCGGCAAGGAGCGUGAGGACUACCUGUCCUGGGCUGUCCGUGCUUUCCGCCUGGCUACCUCCGGCGUUACCGACGGCACCCAGAUCCACUCUCACUUCUGUUACUCUGAGUUCCAGGACUUCUUCCACGCCAUCGCUGCCCUGGAUGCCGAUGUUCUGAGCAUUGAGAACAGCAAGUCUGACGCCAAGCUGCUCAAGGUCUUCAUUGACGAGGCUUACCCCCGCCACAUCGGUCCCGGUGUCUACGACAUCCACUCUCCCCGUGUUCCCAGCGAGCAGGAGAUCAAGGACCGCAUUGAGGAGAUGCUUGCCUACCUCCGUGUUGACCAGCUGUGGGUCAACCCUGACUGUGGUCUGAAGACCCGCCAGUGGCCCGAGACCAAGGCUGCUUUGACCAACAUGGUCAACGCGGCCAAGUUCUACCGCCAGAAGCAUGCCAACUAA